CACGUGACGUCACGGAGGGUGAUGUAAUGCUUCUCUAAAUAGAACGUAUUGUAACCUUCUCUCAGUCCAACGUGGUUCCUUCACCCAGGCUGCUUGCUGGUCCUUUCCCUGCUUACACUUGUUGGCAUCAGCAGAGCAAUAAAGGCCUGUGUUGAAACAGACUCUUCGCUUGAAGUUUGCCUCUUGACCCAGAGUUGAAGAAUGUGAGCAGGACAGUGCGGUACCUUCUUCUAAUAAAUGUAAAGUAUUCAUGAGGAAUCAAAGAUGAAUUUGGAACAGGAGAGGCCUUUUGUCUGCAGUGCCCCAGGCUGCUCACAGCGUUUUCCAACAGAGGAUCACCUGAUGAUUCACAGGCACAAACAUGAAAUGACUUUGAAGUUUCCUUCACUGAAAACAGAUAACAUGUUAUCAGACCAAACUCCGACACCAACCCGGUUCCUAAAGAACUGUGAUGACGUGGGACUCUUCAAUGAUAUAGACUGUUCCUUAGAGCAUGAGUUUAGAAAGGCACAAGAAGAAGAGAACAAUAAAAGGAAUAUUUCAAUGCAUAACGCCGUUGGAGGAGCCAUGGCAGCACCGGGGACACACCAGCUCUCAAAUCCAAGGAUGCCAAACCACGACACCAGCAUCGUUAUUCAACAAGCCAUGCCAUCUCCGCAAUCGAGUUCCGUCAUAACACAAGCACCUUCCACGAAUCGGCAGAUUGGGCCUGUCCCAGGCUCAUUAUCGUCAUUACUGCAACUACACAACAGACAACGACACCCAAUGCCUGCCUCUAUGCCUGGGACUCUACCCAAUCCUACCAUGCCUGGUUCCUCUGCUGUUUUGAUGCCCAUGGAACGGCAGAUGUCCAUGAACACCAACAUAAUGGGAAUGCAAGGCCCAAACCUCAGCAACCCCUGCGCUUCACCACAAGUCCCUCCAAUGCACUCAGAAGCCAAAAUGAGGUUGAAGGCAGCACUGACUCAUCAUCCUGCAGGGAUGUCAAAUGGAAAUAUGAACAGCAUGGGCCAUAUGAUGGAGAUGAUGAGCUCCCGACAGGACCAGACAGCCCACCACCAUAUGCACACACAUGCGCAUCAACACCAGACGCUUCCACCUCCUCAUCACCCAUAUCCACACCAGCACCAGCACCCAGCACACCACCCUCAAACGCAUCACCAGCAGAACCACCCACACCACCACUCUCAUGCUCACCUUCAUGCGCACCCGGCGCAUCAUCAGACCUCGCCACAUCCACCCCUGCACACAGGCGGGCAAGCACAGGUAUCAGCAGCAGCCCAACAGAUGCAGCCCACACAGACAAUACAGCCGCCUCAGCCCACUGGGGGGCGCCGAAGGAGAGUGGUGGACGAAGACCCAGAUGAGAGGCGGCGGAAAUUUCUGGAACGAAACCGAGCAGCUGCCACACGCUGCAGACAGAAGAGGAAGGUCUGGGUGAUGUCACUGGAAAAGAAAGCAGAAGAACUCACCCAGACAAACAUGCAACUUCAGAAUGAGGUUUCCAUGUUGAAAAACGAGGUAGCACAGCUGAAACAGUUAUUGUUAACACACAAAGACUGUCCAAUAACAGCCAUGCAGAAAGAAUCGCAGGGAUACCUAAGUCCUGAAAGCAGUCCUCCUUCAAGUCCAGUCCCUGCCUGCUCCCAGCAACAAGUCAUCCAGCAUAACACCAUCACAACUUCGUCAACGGUUAGCGACGUCGUCGGAAGCUCCACCCUCAGUCAGCUCACAAGCCACAGAACAGAUAUGAACCCGAUCCUUUAAAACCUAUCGGUCAGGAACUGCUAUGAAAAAGUGAUAGGAAAAUAUCAGAUUUCCUUUCUGGUUUAAAGGCAUUUCCCCCCCAAAAAAGUUAUCUCAGAUCUGGAGGACUCUUCAGCCCCCAAAAAGACUAUGAGUUCCAAUUUUAUAGUUUAUAAAAUGUCUUUUAUACUUAGUAAUAAUAAAGGGAGUUAUGCAAUGAC